AGUUGUUUUUAACUUGACUCUUGACUGUGUUUGGCUUUCCUGCGUCAUCUUGAGAGUGGAUGUGGACCAGCUAAUCAGCCAGGACACCUGAGUACCACAGCAGUCCACACAGGAAACCCUCUCAGCACCUGCCAGACCCCAAACAUUACCUGAAGAGCAGUUUGAGCAGGAGAAAAUGGCAUACAGUAAGCCAGUACUUGAUCAACUGGGAUUGUCCAUUUGUGGCCAUCAUGACAAACUUCUGGAGAUCUACUGCCGCAUUGAUCAACAGUUCAUAUGCAAGCUGUGUGUGAUGGAUGAACACAGAGGCCAUGAUACGGUGGCAGCAGAAAUGUGUGCAGAAAUGAGGAAAAAAAUGGAGCGGACUAAACAGGAAAUAGCAGACAGAAGACUGACUUUAAAAAGGAAAAUGUUGGAGGUGACAAAGGCUGCAGACUCUAUAAGCGAUGCUGCAUGGGAGGCAUGUGAUGACUUUGAGCAAAUGUGUUGGGAAAAAAUUCGCUCUGUGGAGAGGAAGUGUUCUGAGAUGAGAGAGAAGGUCGGAGAGGCGAGGAAAGCUGGAGUGGACUGGACCAACAAUCAUCUCAGGAAACUGGAGCGUGAAGUGUUAGCGCUGAGGAGGAGAGAGGAGAAGCUCAACCAGCUUUCUCUGACAGAGGACCCCGUUCAGUUUCUGGAGAGUUUCCAGGCCCUGGGUGACCUCCCUGUGUUCACAGACUCAUAUGAUGGACUUGACAUGCUGUCAGACUUUGUCAAUGCAAGGAAAGAUGAAUUGAAAAAUAUGUGUGACGAAGAAAGGAGAGAAUUGUUCGGUCAUUGGGAAGAAAAUCGGUUGUCAAAAAUGCCAAGGAUGCGUGAGAUAAUACCAUUAAGGAAAUACUUUUUGACCAAAUACAAGAACUCCACAGUGGAGGUGGAUCCCAACACAGUAGCUGCAUGUCUCUGCUUGUCUGACAAAAACAGAGAGAUAUCGUUGGGUGAGAGGGACCAGGCUCAUCCUAAUCACCCCGACAGAUUCACCUUCCUUCACCAGGCUCUGUGCAAAAAGGGCCUUAGGGGCAUCCACUACUGGGAGGUGGAGUGGGAUGGUGGCGAUGUCGAUUUGGCCGUGUCGUACAAAGGCAUUGAAAGAAAGGGUUCAGGGAAAGAAUGCCGUUUUGGCCACAAUAAUCUUUCCUGGAAAUUAAACUGCACUUCAUCCAGCUGCACGUUUUGGCACAACAAUCUCCACAGAGGCCGAAUUCCCCCGGUUCUCUCCCGCAGAGUGGGCAUACAUCUGGAUUACAAGGCAGGAACACUGGCCUUCUACAGUGUGUCUGACACGCUGACACAGCUGCACCAGGUCAGGACCACCUUCACUGAACCGCUCUAUCCUGGGUUCUCUGUUGAUUUGGGAGCAACACUGAAAAUAUGCAAGAUGUAAACCAGUCGUAAUACAUGUAAACCUGUCUCAAUACAUGAGUUAGAGAUACGUAUGCAUAGAUUAAUACAGCAAUUAACAGGCAACAUAUUGAGUCACUUUGUACUGAGAAUCUUGAUUACGACUCAAAAAGUGGAAAAGGGAAAAUUCUACUGUAUUUUCUGAUGAAUUUAAUAUAGUUUCAUUUGAAUGAUUGAAGAUGAUUGGAACAUAUUUCUUUUUUCUGUUCUUUAUGCUGUUUGGUGGAAUAAUCUUCCUUCAAGCCUAAAAUGUAUCUUCAAAAUGGCUUUGAAAAAAUGGUUUCUAAGUAACUUGUGGUUUGAUUUAUGUUGUGAAGAAAGCUUGAAACAUGCAGCCUGCAUUUGUUUAGUCUUGUGCCAGGGUUUCAUUUUUUGUCUCACAUCUUGUUGUAUGUUGGGAUCAGAAUGUGUUGUCCUUGAUGAUUAUAACCAUUGCUGUGCUUUCUCUAUAUUUUCAAUCAUCAAACACAUUAAUCAAGAGUGUCUUUGCUUUAGCUUUAUACACUCAAAUA